CCGCUUUUCACCCCGAGACACCGGCAAUGGCGCCGUGUCCCUUACCGAUAACUGGAUCGAGCCUUCUCGCUGAACCGUCACGUGGGAGCCAAAAUUAUCCACCCGCCGCGGAUUGCAAGCCAUCGUGAAUCUCCGAUCUCUCUUUCCAGCUGAAUGACGAGGUUCUUCCGUCCAUCCAUACCGACCCACCCGCCAUGCCUCCUGGCUGAAUCAGAUCUGCUUAUUGCCCCGAGAUCCCACGGGCUCCAUGAAACUAAUGUAUCCCUCUUGAUCCGGCUAAUCAUGACUCCUGCCUGCAAUUUUCGGGGUUCCAUCCUGGUGCGUCGGGGACUACGCGGCCUGUACAUUGGCCAAAUCAGGAACGUCAAUCCCAACUUGGUCAGGAUCAGACGCUUCCUACACUCUCCUGAGCUAAAACAGCUCUGUUUGGUCAUCAACCCAAAAUUACAUACAGGUUCUGCACUGGCUGCUGCGGAGGUUCCGGAUCGUGCAACCCACCGCGCUAAGCGGGCCGGGGCGGUUCCUCAGCCGGGAGUCUGUGUGUGCUUGCCAACCAUGGAUCUCCCAGUCGUCCAGCGCACGGCAAUGGUGCUAACACUGGUUUCUGAUGGAGGACCGGAUCGUGUAUCAACAUAGUUACUCAGCUAGACAGGAAACCUAAGCAAAUGUAUUUACCGGCUCAGUUUGAUGAUUAAACCGAUUGUCUGUCCGAGAAUACUGGCAUGGUAUCGACUUUACAUACCACGAUGAUCACUUCGAGUCCUGCCAGCUGAGAAGGAUUCAUCCAAUCCGCGUCCGUCCCCUCGAUCGGCAGUUCGUCAGGACGAUGCGGGUUUGCCCACUAUCCGAC